AUAAUUUAAAAGAAAGUUGCGUGGGACGGAAUACGUACAUUGGGCACAAUCGGAUUCGCACAGCUUAGCCACGUUAUCUUCCAAAAGAUCUCAGGUCUGGUACCAUGAACACAAAGCUUUUGCAACGCUGGAUUCAUCCAUCGGAUUAUAAACGUAACACUGGAAAGAAAAAUCUGAAAAAGUUUGUUAUGAUAAGGGUAGACUUGCUACAAGGUGAGAGGAAUAGCUUCUAGAUUGAUGGAUGGAAGUUUCUCUUUUAACUAAGGGGGAAGUGCACAUGGAAAGUAGAAAAGCCUAAUGGGCUUUGCAGUAAACCUCCCUGUGCCCAGAGGCAACUCCUGGUGUCACUCGUAUCUUUCUGCAAAGAUUCUUUACAUAUAAAAACUUCCAUAUUUGUCCAGCGUAUCAAAUAGUCAUGGUUUGGUUGGACUUAAGGUUUGACUGGGCUUUUUAUCCAUACAGAGGGCCCUUUACUUCCCUCCAUGGGGAGAUACUGCUUUCCUUUGCCCUUUCCAGGGCAGCCUCUCACAUCUAAUAGGCCCUCGGAUUACCGUUGAUAAUCUGUUUGUAAACGUUUUCAGUAUACUUACAAGUGAAAAUUUCUUGUGGUUGGCUCCUAAGGAUUGUUGUGUGAGAAGUGACUUUGGAGCAGCAGUGUCCUGUGUGAUGCUCAGGCAGAUAAAGUUCCCCAGUCCCACCAGUGAGAAGAGCAAGUCUUCAUUAUUAGGGGCUUGGCAGUGCAGCACCUGCAGAAAGGGCGAGUAGGAAUCAGGACUCAUGUCUGGCUUGUUCUUUCCCUAGAUUCUACCAGAGCACCCUUCCCCACACCAAAGAAAGGUGAAAUUGAUUCCCAAGUACUUUUUGAUAUUAAAGCAAUUUAAGUAAUAGCCUUUUAAGUUGAUGCAGAGGUGGCCUGAGGCAUGGUGUUCAAGGUAUUUGUAGGCAAUGAUCAGGGUGGUUGGGGGGGCGCUCUUAUCACCUUACAAGAUCUCUCGGCCCCCAGUACCAGACGGAAACCCAGGACAGGCGCUAGAACGCACUUGUGACAAGGACCUGCUGAAAAGCCAGGCCAGGAGCACUCUUGAGUUCUUUCUAGGGAGGCUUUGGUGGCGGGGGCCUUUGAACUUACCCAUGAGAGAUGGGUCAGGAGUGGGGACAGUGUUUAUUCACCUUUCAUUGAGCCCCUCCUGGGGACCUGGGUAUGCAGUGAGGGUGGUGGAGUGAGUGAGCAGCUUGCUGCAGGCCAGGCAGGAGUCUCGAUGGUGAGGUCCUAAGGACACUGGGGCAAGAAGGUGGGCAUUUUGCAGUGGGCUGAGGGUUGUUUGUAUGCAGAUGGCAACCGCUGUGAGGAGGUAGGGAUUGGAAUGGUGAGUAUUUACAGGGUGGCAUUUCAGGCUUAUUGAAAGGAACAGCAGCUGGGGCAGAGUGACCAACAGGGCUUCCCAGAGUGGUUGGGCCCGGGCCUGCCUGGGGCAUGGCACUGAUGCCUUGACCACCCUUGUGUACCCAGGGUUAAGGCACUACCUUCAGCCAUCCAGGUGACCUGAUAUCCGCACCCACACGAUUGUGGUUGCUUCCCCAGAGCUGUGGCCUCCCUCCUGAGAACUGGAGGCCAGGGCUGCCUUGAGUGCCUCUUCUGACCCUAGGGGAGGGGGCUGGGCACCUACAGAUCAGACCUCAGAGCUAGCCUGGAAACCUGGCCGGCGUCCGGCACAUCAUCCUCGUUCUCUCGGGAAAGGGGGGUGUUGGGAAAAGCACCAUCUCCACGGAGCUGGCCCUGGCCCUGCGCCACGCGGGCAAGAAGGUGGGUAUCCUCGACGUGGACCUGUGUGGCCCCAGCAUCCCCCGCAUGCUCCGGGCGCAGGGCAAGGCUGUGCAUCAGUGCGACAGUGGCUGGGUGCCUGUCUUCGUGGACCAGGAGCAGAGCAUCUCCCUCAUGUCUGUGGGCUUCCUGCUAGAGAAGCCAGAUGAGGCAGUGGUGUGGAGAGGCCCCAAGAAGAACGCACUGAUAAAGCAGUUUGUGUCCGAUGUGGCCUGGGGGCAGCUGGACUACCUGGUUGUGGACACGCCCCCAGGGACCUCUGAUGAGCACAUGGCCGUGGUGGAUGCCCUGCGCCCCUACAGCCCCCUGGGGGCCCUCGUGGUCACCACACCCCAGGCAGUGUCCGUGGGGGACGUGAGGCGGGAGCUGACCUUCUGUAAGAAGGUGGGGUUGUGGGUGAUCGGGGUCGUGGAGAACAUGAGCGGCUUCAUCUGCCCACACUGUGCGGAGUGUACCAACGUCUUCUCCAGGGGAGGCGGCGAGGAGCUGGCCAGACAUGCUGGAGUCCCCUUUCUUGGCUCUGUGCCCCUGGACCCCGAGCUCACGCGGAGCCUGGAGGAGGGCCGAGACUUCAUCCAGGGGUUCCCCGAGAGCCCUGCAUUUCCCGCACUCUCCUGCAUAGCCCAGAAGAUUCUGAACGAGGCGCCUGUUGGACUCUCCUGACUGAGGCAGUUUGAGUGUCUCCUCUGUGUGCUGUGGGGCUCGUGCUCACAGCCCGGAGCAGAGGUGGCGGCACGGUUCCUGGAACCGGUGGCCCUGGGCCGCCAUCACCAUGUGCUCCUCUCCCUGCGGGCCUGCCCUGGACAUUUCUGGUGCUUCAGCAGCAUCUCAGCAUCAGAGCCACUGACAGUCAUUGGUUCUGCCUGGUCGGCCUGUGGCAGGGCCCGGGGAUAGCGUGAGGUCACGAUGCCGUGGCCUGACCUCCCUGGUGGCACAGCUCGGUACUCACAUGCUUCAGACAGACAGGCUGCUCCCGACAGCCAAGUCUCCACGUUGUUACAAAGCUUGUGUGCCUGGGAGCACACUGGGCCUAUAAUCCUGGUGAAACAGGCAGCAGCACCCAGUAAGGUGUCAAACUUGUAACACAGAGGAGCCCAAAAUAAAUGCGUCCCACCGCCGU